UUUUGGAAAAUUGGUCGUUUUACAAAAUUGCCGGUCAUUAUGCAAAAAGACCAAAUUCGUGGUCACAUUGCAAAAUGACCUAAAUUUCUCAACAUUUUGCAAAACGACCAAGAUUUUGGUCAGUUUACAAAAUAAACAGUAUUUUUGUUGGUCCGUUUACAAAAUCUCCAUACAGUAAGCAGCCAGAUGGAAAAAAAAGCGAGGGAAUGAUAAAACGUUACAGUUGCAGUACAUAACCAAUGAGUAUGCUUAACUGUCCUUAUUUUAGGUUCAGCUAAUCAUCUCACACACACACACACACACACACACACACACACACACACACACACACACACACAAAGUUCGAACCACUUCUUUUUGAACACACACACACACACACACACACACACACACACACACACACACACACACAUUUAUCGCACAGCUGGAUUUCCCCCUGAACUCAUAUGAGUAUGUCACCCUUGUUAAUCUUCGUUCAAUCUCUGCUGGCCUCGCUGCCACUCUCUCCUGUAAAUUAUCUCUUAUGAUAUUGGUUCAUUUACUGGUUUGUCAUUCACUCUUGUAUGUGUAGGCGCCGUCAUCGAAGGGCAGGUAAGAUAGAUUAGUUAGCUUGUGUAGAAAAUAGAAAUGAUAAGUGAUGAAAUUAAUGGAAAAGCAUGUGACAAAGGGAUGACUAAAGGAUAGGCGGGAAAGGGAGAUAUUGGUUCAUUUACUGGUUUGUCAUUCACUUUUGCAAAUUACUGGUUCAUUGCUGGUCGAUCAUUCACUUAAUAUCCUCCCCCCUCUUCCCCCCCUCUCUCUCCACAAUAGUAAUGGGAGCUGACUGUUGAUACUGUGGUCAGUCAGGCACUGCUGAAAGCCAGGAGAAGACGACCAACGUAGUGUUACUCCCAGUACUUUGUGUGUAUUUUAUUAUACUCUGGAAAUCUGUACAAUGGAAAAUAGAAAAACAGAUUUUUAUUCAAAGCUGAUAGCGGCUGAGGAGAAGAAGGCAUCAAAUACUUCGAGUUUGUUGUACAGAAAUGAAUGCGAACAAAUUAUGAAUCGCUUGGAUGAACUUAAACGUGUUAACAUUAAAAAGACUCAGAAAGACUAUCGUUUGUUACGAAAGUAUGAUAUCCUUGAAGUCACAGUUGAAGGUAUCACCGUUAAGAAAUUGCAGAAAAAGGGAACUAAUCUUAGAUUCGUAUGCGCUGAAGAUGUGUUCGAUGUGAUCGAUGCUAUUCAUCGUGCACGUGGGCAUGGAGGUAGAACUAUUGUCUUUAGGGAAACAAGUGAAAAAUAUGCCAAUGUUUCAAGAUCCCAAAUUGAGUUGUAUUUACAGUUCUGUGAGGAGUGUCAUCUGAAAAAAAGCACUGUACGCAAGUCUGUGACUGUGAAGCCAAUUGUAUCCAACAGUAUGAACUCACGAGCUCAGGUCGACUUGAUCGAUAUGCAGAGCCAGCCAGAUGGAAAACAUCGUUUCAUUCUGAACUACCAGGAUCACUUGACGAAGAUGGUGUGUCUUCGGGCUCUACAGACGAAAACUGCUGAAGAGGUUGCUUUCCACCUCGUUGAUAUAUUCUGUGACAAAGGAGCCCCCCAUAUCCUGCAGUCUGACAAUGGAAGAGAAUUCUCAAAUAAGCUUGUCAAGGAAGUUCUGAUGAUGUGGCCAGAGUGCAAGAUGGUUCAUGGCAAACCACGACAUUCCCAAUCGCAGGGCUCGGUGGAACGUGCCAACAGGGAUAUUGAAGCCAUUCUCGCAUGUUGGAUGAAGGACAACAACUCUACACAAUGGUCACAGGGACUGCGCUUUGUUCAGUGA